GGACACAGCAGGCCAGGAGCGAUUUCACACCAUCACAACCUCCUACUACAGAGGAGCAAUGGGUAUCAUGCUAGUAUAUGACAUCACCAAUGGUAAAAGUUUUGAAAACAUCAGCAAAUGGCUUAGAAACAUAGAUGAGCAUGCCAAUGAAGAUGUGGAAAGAAUGUUACUAGGAAACAAGUGUGAUAUGGAUGAUAAAAGAGUUGUACCUAAAGGAAAAGGAGAACAGAUUGCAAGGGAGCAUGGUAUUAGAUUUUUUGAGACUAGUGCAAAAGCAAAUAUAAACAUCGAAAAGGCGUUCCUCACAUUAGCUGAAGAUAUCCUUCGAAAGACCCCAGUAAAAGAGCCUAACAGUGAAAACGUAGACAUCAGCAGUGGCGGAGGCGUGACAGGCUGGAAGAGCAAGUGUUGCUGAACGUACCUGUCCAUCGCUGCCAUCCGUUUCUCUUCUUGCUGCAAAAUAAACCACUCUGUCCAUUUGUAACUCUAAACAGAUGUUUUUGUUCCUCAUCCUAACUAUUCAGGCCACCUAUUUUAUUUGUUCUUUCAUCUGUGACUGCUUGCUGACUUUAUUAUAAUUUUCUUCAAACAAAAAAAUGUAUAGAAAAUCAUGUCUGUGACUUCAUUUUUAAAUGUACUUGCUGAGCUCACCACUGCAUUUCAGUUGUCUUAUAGUCCAGUUCUUAUCAACACUGAAACCUAUAGCAAUCAUUUCAACUCUACUCUGCAAAUUGUAUAAGAAUAAAAGUUAGAAUUAACAAUUUUAUUUUGUACAACAGUGGAAUUUUCUGUCAUGGAUAAUGUGCUUGAGUCCCUGUCAAUCUAUAGACAUGUGAUAGCAAAGAAACCAACAAAAGCCAGGAAAACAUUCAUUUUCGCCUUGAAUCUGUAAGUGGGGUUAAU